UUCAGCUCCUUCGCUUUCAGCCACAAUGCUGUGGAGAGGGUGAAUGGGUGGGGGGCAUUUAAGAGAGCAGUAGGUGGGAGUGGAGUCUGACAGCAGAGGGUCUACUGUUUAAGAGAAAGGGGUUUCUCACUCACUCACACCAUCUCUCUCUCUCUCUCUCGAUCGACCUGUCCCCCGAUCUCUCUCUCUCUCUCUGUGUCUCCUUACUGGCUGCACAUCAGCCGGCUCUCUAGGUAGACUCGAACAAACAGUCAGAGAGCAGAAAGAGGGAAGAUGACAGAGCUGUCAGCCCUCUGAGAGCUGCAGACUGCUUAUACAUUUGUCAGGGAUCCUGGUGAAGCUUUCCAACACGGCUCCUGCUUCCGUUGUCUUCUCACCGCGCGGCUCUGAGCAUCGGUGCAUGAGGACUCAAGACCGAACCAUCGACCUGAAACCCAACUAGACGCUGCUCAGCUGCUCUGCUGCUCCUCUGUCCACAGCCCACAGGGUCUCAUCAUGCAGACGAAGGACCUCCUCUUGGGUUGUGUGACCUUGGCCCUUCUCCUUCAGCUCUGCACAGCUGGCCUGGUCAAGAAGGUCAUACGCCACCGCAGAGAGGCUCUGGUGCCCAGAAAAGCCCAGCAGAACCUGACCCUGCCUCAGCCGGAGCAGCCGGUGGUGUUCAACCACGUCUACAACAUCAACGUGCCGUCCACGUCCCUCUGCUCCGUGGACCUGGACUCACCCGGCGACGCCGAGCUCAAGCACAGCGCCGGCCACAUGGGCGUGCAGGACGCGGAGCGCAUGGAGCACACGGUGGACGGGGACAACCAGAUCGUUUUCACCCACCGCAUCAGCAUCCCCAAACAGGCCUGUGGCUGCAGCAACCAGCUGCCGGACAUCAAGGAGAUCCUGAACCGGCUGGAGCUGCUGGAGUCGGAGCUUUCCAGUCUGAGGGAGCAGUGCAGCAGCGGCGCCGGCUGCUGUGGAGCUCACUCUGCAGCUGAAGUGUCCACCAGGCCCUACUGCAGUGGUCAUGGAAACUGGAGCAGUGAGUCGUGCAGCUGCGUGUGUGAGCCGGGAUGGAAGGGCCUGAACUGCACCGAGCCCGAGUGUCCGGGCGACUGCCAGGACCAGGGCCGCUGCGUGGACGGGCGCUGCGACUGCUUCGAGGGCUUCGGGGGCGACGACUGCGGCGUGGAGCUCUGCCUGCAGGACUGCGGCGACUACGGCCACUGUGUGGAAGGCUCCUGCCUCUGCGAGGAAGGCUUUGUCGGCGAGGACUGCUCGCAGACCAACUGCCUCAACAACUGCUUGGGCCGCGGCCGCUGCACCGAGGACGAGUGUGUCUGCGACGAGCCGUGGACGGGCUUCGACUGCUCCGAGCUCAUCUGCCCCAACGACUGCUACGACCGCGGGCGCUGCGUCAACGGAACCUGCUACUGUGACCAAGGCUUCUCUGGGGACGACUGCGGUGAGAUCACGUGUCCUGGCGACUGUACCAACCACGGGGUGUGUGUGAGCGGCAAGUGUGUGUGUGAGGCUGGCUACGAUGGCGACGACUGCUCCAGACUCACCUGUCCCCAAAACUGCCACGAAAGAGGCCACUGCUUCAAUGGGAAGUGCAUCUGUGACCCAGGGUUCGAAGGAGAAGACUGCUCCACUCUGUCGUGUCCUGACAACUGCAGCAACAGGGGCCAGUGCAUCAACGGACAGUGUGUGUGUGACAUCGGAUACCAAGGGGAAGACUGCAGCGAGCUGUCCUGCCCCGGCAGCUGCCAGGACCGGGGCCAGUGCGUUAAUGGCCAGUGCGUUUGUGACCAGGGCUUUGCCGGGGAGGACUGCAGCCUGAAGACCUGCCCCAAAGACUGCCUGGGCCGCGGAGAGUGUGUGGACGGCAAGUGUGUGUGUUUCACCGGCUUCACGGGCGACGACUGCGGGGAGUUGACUUGUCCCAACGACUGCCUGGACCGGGGACACUGCCUGAACGGACAGUGUGUUUGCCACAAGGGCUUCGCUGGGGAGGACUGCAGCGAAAGGACGUGCCCCAAAAACUGCCUGGACAGAGGCUACUGCGUGGACGGCGCCUGUGUGUGUUAUGAGGGCUUCACUGGGCCCGACUGCUCCACACUGACCUGCCCCGGAGACUGCAACAACCAGGGCCGCUGUGAGGACGGCAUGUGCGUCUGUGACGUGGGCUGGAUCCGAGAAGACUGCUCUGAGGUCUCACCUCCCAAGGACCUGACAGUGGUGGAGGUGAGCCCGGAGACCGUGGACCUGUCCUGGGAGAACGAGAUGCACGUCACCGAGUACCUGAUCACCUACGUGCCCACGGCAGCAGGGGGUCUGGAGCUGGACAUGCGCGUGCCUGGAGACCAGAAGGUGGCCACUAUUCAUGAGCUGGAACCCGGCAUCGAGUACCUGAUCAGCGUCUACGCCGUCCUCAGCAUCAGAAGGAGCGUUCCUGUCAGCGCCAGAGUGGCUACACACCUGCCUGAACCUGAGGGGCUCAAGUUCAAGUCGGUGCGAGAGACGUCGGUGGAGGUGCAGUGGGACCCACUGGACAUCCCCUUCGAUGGCUGGAACCUCAUCUUCAGAAACACGAAAGAGGAUGACGAUGAGAUCCUUAACUCCCUCGGCCGUCCAGAGACCACCUUUGAGCAGUCGGGUCUGGGCCCCGGCCAGGAGUACGAGGUCAAGCUGGAGGUUGUGAAGAACAAGCAGCGUGGACCACCUGCAUCCAAGAGCGUCACCACCAGAAUCGACGCCCCCAGUCAGGUCAACGUCCGCGACAUCACUGACACCACAGCCCUGGUGACCUGGUUCCAGCCCGUGGCCGCAGUGGACGGGGUCAGCAUCUCCUACGGGCCUAGCUCACACCCUGCCGACCGCAGCCUGGUGGAGCUGGCGUCCACCGACACCCAGUACCACGUGGGAGGCCUGAGCCCCGACACCCAGUACGAAGUGUCUCUGACGGCACGGCGGGGGGAGAGGACCAGCGUGCCCGUCUACGACUCCUUCCUCACAGACCUGGACGCCCCCAGAGACCUGCAGACGGUGGAGCUGAGUGAUGAAAGCAUCACCCUCGAGUGGAGGAACAGUCGCGCCCAGGUGGACAGGUAUCGCAUCAAGUACGGACCUCUGUCUGGAGGAGAGCACGGAGAGCUGCUGUUCCCUCGAGGGCCCAAGGACUUCACCCAGGCCAAGAUCACAGGCCUGAAGCCGGGUACAGAGUACGGGAUGGGUGUCACGGCCGUGAAAGAGGAGCGGGAGAGUCUGCCUACAACCACCAACGCUGUGACUGCUCUGGAUCGGCCCAAGGACCUGACAGUCUCAGAAGUGGCUGAGACCACCAUGACGGUGGGGUGGAGGCGUCCCCUGGCCAAGCUGGACUCCUUCAGGCUGGUCUACGUCUCGGCUGACGGCCACAGGGCUGAGGAGCUGCUGCCCAGCAGCUCUGAGUCUUACACCCUGAAGGGCCUGACACCUGGCAUGCUGUACCGCAUCAACAUCACAGCGGAGAGGGGCCGCAGGACCAGCGCCCCAGCCUCAGUGUCUGCAGCCACAGAGGAGGAGAAACCUGUGGUGACCAACAUCACUGUCAGCGACGUGUCAUGGGACAGCUUCCUCCUGUCCUGGUCCGCUGAGGACGAGGUGUUCGAGGCCUUUCUCAUCGAGGUUACGGAUGCAGAGACGGGCAGUGAGUGGCAAAACCACACGGCGCCCGCCGACGUCCGCAGCUUCGUCAUCUCUGGCCUCUCCCCGUCCACCUGGUACAGGGCCAGUCUAUAUGCUGUGUACAGGGGGGUCGUCUUAGAGCCCGUCUUUGCAGAAACCAUCACAGAGGUGGAGGCGGAGGUGCAGGCUCUGCUCGUCUCUGACGUCACCUCCCACAGCUUUAGGCUGGCCUGGGUGGCUGAGGAGGACACCUUCGACACCUUUGUCAUAAUGACCAGCCAGCCGGAAGGCGGGCCGGGCGGUCUGGGCCAACCGGAAGGCGGGCCGGGCCAACUGGGCCAACCGGGCCAGCCGGGCCCGCCCAGAGAGCUGGUGUUGGCGGGAGAGGAGCGGAGUGCAGUCGUCAGGGGUCUCGCAGAGGACACCGAGUAUAAAAUCCAAAUCUUUGGGCUUAUUUUAGGAAGACACUCCAAGUCGUUAACGGAGAGGGUGAGAACAGACCUGGGCGCACCCAAGGGCAUUCGCUUCUCUGAUGUCACCGACACGUCGGCCACCGUUCACUGGGUGGUUCCCAGAGCCAGAGUGGACAGCUACAAAGUGACUUACGUGCCUGCUCAUGGAGGAAACGCUAAAACACUGACAGUGGACGGUUCCGAGUCUCAGACGGUGCUGCCCAACCUGACGCCCGGCGUCACCUACGAGGUCACCGUGCUCGCGGCCAAGGGUCAGCGGGAGAGUGAGCCUGGGUCAGACAGCGUCACCACAGCUCUGGAUAAACCCCGGGGGCUCACUGCAGUCAACAUCACUGACACGGAGGCCCUGCUACUCUGGCAGCCAGCUAUUGCCACCGUGGAUGGAUAUGUCAUCACCUACACUGCAGACUCAGUGUCUCCAGUGAUGGAGCGCGUGUCAGGAAAUGUGGUGGAGUUUGAGAUGAGUUCUCUGAUGCCAGCUACACACUACACUGUCAAGGUGUACGCUGUGAGGGACCUGGCCAAGAGCGCUGCAACCACGACUGAGUUCACCACAGACGUGGACGCCCCUCAGGACCUGGCUGCCAAUAACAUCCAGACAGAGAACGCGCUGCUCAGCUGGAAGCCGCCUCGCGCCGACAUCACCGGCUACAUUCUCAGUUUCGAGUCUGCAGAUGGCACCAUCAGGGAAGUGGUCCUGAGUCCCACCGCUGGAUCGUACAACAUGGCUCAGCUCAGCGCCUCCACAGAGUACUCAGUCAAGCUACAGGCCAUCGCUGGUCCCAAGAGGAGCAGAGUGAUCACCACAGUGUUCACCACCACUGGAGUUCUGUACAGGUUCCCUAAAGACUGCUCCCAGGCCUUGCUAAAUGGUGACACCUCGUCCGGCAUUCACACGGUGUAUCUGGGAGGAGACGAGAGCCAACCUCUGCAGGUUUACUGUGACAUGAGCACCGAUGGAGGCGGAUGGAUUGUUUUCCUUCGACGCCAAAAUGGUAAACUGGAGUUUUUCCGAAACUGGAAGAAUUACACGGCAGGUUUUGGCGACAUUAAUGAUGAAUUCUGGCUGGGCCUGUCCAACCUGCAUAAGAUCACAGCUGGGGGUCAGUACGAACUUCGGGUUGACUUGAGAGACAAGGGAGAAACUGCCUAUGCUCAGUACGACAAGUUUUCUGUGUCAGAACCUCGAACCCGCUACAAAGUCCACGUGGGCGGCUACAGUGGAACGGCAGGCGACUCCAUGACCUACCAUCAUGGUCGUCCAUUCUCCACCUAUGACCACGACAACGACAUUGCUGUCACCAACUGCGCUCUGUCCUAUAAGGGAGCCUUCUGGUACAAGAACUGCCACCGUGUCAACCUCAUGGGCCGAUACGGAGACAACAGCCACAGCAAGGGAGUGAACUGGUUCCACUGGAAAGGCCACGAGCACUCGAUUGAGUUUGCUGACAUGAAGAUCAGGCCUUCAAACUUCAGAAACCUCGAAGGAAGGAGGAAACGGUCAUAGGCCACUACCAACACUGCUACCACUCUUUCUGGACUCCCCAUAAACCACCAUGACUCCCGCCUCCACCCAGGAGCAACCAAAGCCUCCUCCCAGAGCCCUGCUGUUUGUUACACAUGAGCCUCAGCUCUGCUCUUCCCAUUCAUCCUUGUGUCCUUGCAUCCUGGUUGUUAUUAUGAUGACAAGACAGAAACUGACCUGCAUGAUACAAACUGGACUAAACAAAGGCCUCACAGAUUCUACACACACACCAAAGAGAGUGAAAACAAUUUACCUGGUUUUGAUACUUUGUGAUUUUGCAGCAUUCUCAUACAGUUUCCUACUGUACGUCACACCCAGGUCAUGAUUGGGGUUUUACAGAGGACAGUCUCUUUCUGUGGUUUUGAUUAGGUCCAGGGUCUCUUGGCUAAAACUGACUAUUCUACUGGGUUAUUCUAGACAUUCUGUUCCUUGUGUGUGCAUACGUGUGAUAAUCCUCACGUGGCACUGCUCAGAUGUACGAUUUCUUCAUCGAACCUGCCAUUUGUUUCUUUGUGCAACUUUGCUUGUCUCUGUGUCACUUUACCGUCCCCAGAUGCUCCAAUCCCCAUCAGCACAAGCAGCACCUGGCAUGAGGCCUGAAGGUGCCAAGCUAUAGCCGCCAUAUUGUGUCUGAAAAAGUACCAAGAAAAGAAAGGCGUUUCCCAAACAAGACCUUUAAUUCAGUUUAAGAUGAAAAGCCGUGAAAACAGUUUCCUUUUGCAAUAUGUGAAUACAUGUGGAAAACAGAAUGUUAUGUGUUAAACAUAAAAGAUGCUUAAAAUGUAAAAAUGUAAGUCUUAUGUUGAUGAAAAUAGUGUCUGGCCAGGCCAAGACUAGACGACUAGUAGCUGUUCGUACCCCGACCCUGCCCCCUGCUGAGACAGGAUACUAAACCACUGACGUUCUACAGAAUGCCUGUAAAUUAAGUUUCUAUUGUUGUUUGUUUCUAACUGGGUGUCCAACAGGUGUUUUCUGUCAGCUGUACUACAAUAAAACUGUUUGUUUAAAAA